AUGGCGUCGUUUCUCAAGACUUCGAGCUCCUCGUCGUCGUCGUCGCUGCCCUUUGGCAUCGACCUUUCGCAGGUGACGCCGCUGCACGCCCUCUUUGCCGCGCUCGCCGUCGUCGCUGCCAUGGCCAUCAUCGCGCCGGACCGCUACAUCUUCAGCUCGCACCGUGACGGCAUCCCCGAGCUCCCCGAGGUCUGGCCCAUCCUCGGCAACCUCAAGUUCCUCCUCGACGUAAAGUCGAAGCGAAUCACCCUGCUCAACGCCGCGCUCAAGUACCAGAGGCAGGUCGGAAAGGGCGGCAUGCCCUGGGGCGCCACCUUCCCCGCCCUCGGCGGCAGGAUCACCAUGAUCAACCGGCCCGAGUACAUCCGCUGGGUGCAGAAGACCAACUUUGAGAACUACAUCAAGGGCGCUGACUUCUCUCGAGCCAUGGGCGACGUCAUGAGCACCCACGGCAUCUUUGUCGCCGACGGCGAGAUCUGGAAGAAGCAGCGCAAGAUGGCGUCGCACAUCUUCAGCGUCGGCAACUUCCGCACCCACGUCCAGUCGACCAUCCAGCGCGACUUGGCCACGCUCAACAGCCUGGCCAGGGACGCUUCGUCCAAGAACACCCAGGUCAACCUGCCCGACCUCUUCUUCCGCUUUACCCUGAGCUCCUUCUCGCUGAUGGCCUUUUCGGCAGAGAUCGGCUGCCUCCCUCCGGCCGUCGAGGAGCUCAGCAAGGCCGUCAAGUUUGCAGACGACUUUGACUACGCGCAGCGCGUCAUGGACGAGCGCUUCACGGACCCCUUUUCGACGUUUACCGAGCCCUUCUCUGCCCAGGGCCGCAAGAUGCGCAAGACGAUCAAGGACCUGCACAGCUUCUGCUACAAGAUUAUCGACCUGCGCAUGGAGGCCAACAGCCGCGGCGACGCUCAGGGCGCGUCGGGCAAGGGCGGCAAGGACCUGCUCGCCCUCUUCAUGGAGCAGAACCUGAGCCGCGAGGACCUGCUCCCCGUCGUGCUGAACUUCCUCAUCGCUGGACGCGACACGACCGCCCAGGCCCUGUCGUGGCUGUUCUGGGAGUUCUACAAGAAGCCCGAGUGCGUCGAGCGAUGCCGACAGGAGAUCCACGAGAAGCUCGGCUCCGGCGCUGGCUACCGCCACAUGACCUACGACGACCUGGGAACGCUCGUCUACACCCAGGCGUGCCUGUACGAGGCGCUGCGGCUGCACCCGUCGGUGCCCAAGAACCUCAAGAAGGCGGUCAAGGACGACGUCAUCCGCCCGUACGCGCAGCCGCUGGACGGCAGCGAAAAGGCGCCCAACGCCAUCGAGAGCGCCAAGCUGCCCGACCUGGUCAUCAAGGCGGGCGAGAGCGUGCUGUGGUCCGACUACGCGAUGGGCCGCAUGCCCGAGGUCUGGGGACCUGACUGCGAAGAGUUUAAGCCGGAGCGCUUCAUCGAGAACAACGAUGACGGGAGCCAGUCGAUCAAGACGUACAGCCAGUACCUCUUCCACGCCUUCAACGCCGGUCCACGCCUGUGCCUUGGCCAGACACUGGCGACGUACGAGGGCUGCGCCGUCGUGGCCGAGCUGGUUGGCAACUUUAACGUCAAGUUCGACGAGCAGGCCAUGCGCAACGACCCGCCCACGUUUGACGACUCGCUCACGCUUCCUGUGCGCAACCAGUACAAGGUGCGCUUCGAGGCACGCGACGACUGA